AUGAAGAUUACGCUCCCUCUCGGAUCUUUGGCACUCGCCACCGCUCCAUUCGUUUAUGCUCACUAUCGCUUCAAAAGCCUCAUAAUUGAUGGUCAAGAGACGGAGGAUUGGAAAUACGUUCGAGAGAGCGACAAUGACUAUUACCCCAUCGAGGAUGUGGCGAGCAUGAGCAUGCGAUGUAACUCUGGCGGUGCAAACGGGAAUCACACCGAGACAGCGACGGUGAAAGCUGGCGACACUGUCGGCUUUGGGCUAUCACAGGCAAUCUUCCACAAGGGUCCGCUCAACGUCUACAUGUCCAAGGUUGACAACGCCAAGACAGCAGACGGUUCCUCGGGCUGGUUCAAGAUGUACGAGAUCCCACCCAUCCUGGAUGGUGGAAAGUCGGUCAUCUGGCCCGCUGUCAACCUGACAAAAGUGACAUUCCCUCUACCGAAAACGAUCGAGUCGGGCGACUAUUUACUGCGCAUCGAACAAAUUGGACUUCACUUGGCCAUUGACAAAUAUGCCGCGCAAUUCUUUAUUAGCUGCGCGCAGCUGAGGGUAACCGGCGGCGGAAGUGCCCGUCCGUCUACGGUCAUGUUUCCGGGCGUGUACAAAGACACGGAUCCAGGCCUUUGGAUUAACAUAUAUGAACCGGUACCCACAAAUUAUACCAUGCCGGGUCCGGCAUUGUUCCAGGACUCGUAA